AUGACUCCUCUGCAGAUCUGGCUGUCAGGAAAGCCUGAAAGCAAGCGCGACACAGGCGCAGCAGGGCAACAGGAUUCGGCCCAGCAGCACUCAGGCCACGCUGCGACGGACCAAAGCGGCGCAGUCGAGCAAGAAUCAUGGUCGUCUGCCAUCAAAAGCAUGGUCAAUUCUCUCAGACCUACCUCGACCAGGUCACCCACCCGGCGCUCCUCCGCCAGACACCCCACACCACCCNCCUCGCACCUCUCGAGCACAUCGCCGCAACCUCUGCCGGACAACAAUGAAGCUGCUGAGAGCCCAGCGCAGAGCGACAGGCCCGCCAAACGCCUCAAGCUGACGCUCAAAGGUCCGAAGCUUGCUGCGGUACCCGCUGACGUUGGCGACACAAACGCGACUAUCCCGUCCCCGAGACCGCCCGUCAAGUUGACCCUCUCCGAACCACACGGUCCUUUGUUGCAGACGACAAACGGCGUGCGCACAUCUCUGAGUGUUACCGAAGACUCGAUACCCGCCAACACGUCACCCUCAGCAACUCCGGCUCCAGCCCUGAACCCCUCACAAAGACAGACCCGAAAGACAUCAGAGAGGCGUAGUUUGCGUUCUCACGAUGAAGGUCCACGAUUGAAGAGCGAGCUGGCUGUAUACUUUCCCAAUUACGAGGACAUCAUCUACGAUUCUAACAAGGAACCAGACACGAUCAUUCAUAUUAGCGAUGAACCAUAUGACCCUGCACACGACCCCAACAUCAAGUCUGACCCCAUAGCGAGCAACACGAAGAAUCGCCGUCCCUCGAUUUCUCCUAUGAAAGCACCAGCUUCGCCAAAGCAGAAGAACAAAUACAAUGGCGCUCAAGUCAUUGACUUUUCGUCAAUUGAGAAAAGCGUCGGACAUCAUCCAAAAGACCCUUUGACUGACGCUUUCUAUUUCCNNAAAGCCCAUCGUCGAGCAGAGCGCAAGGAGAAGCAGUUACGCAAUAUCGAAAAGGAGAGGGCAAUGCACGAAAAGGCUCAAUUAGAAAGACUCCUCGAUGCCUUGCAAGGGCACGACUGGUUGCGUGUCAUGGGCAUUGUCAGCGUGGCCGAUGCAGAUGCUAAAAAGUAUGAGCCAAAGCGAAAGUACUUUGUCGACGAAGUCAAUGCGCUUUUGUUGAAGUUCAAGACGUGGAGAGAUGAAGAAAAGCGUAUACGGUACGAGAAGGAAGCUGCUGCCAUGGCUGGGACCGAUGACGAAGCGGAAGAAGAGGGAAGCGAGAGCGAGGUGUCUUCGGCCGAUCUCGAUGCCUCAGCGGCCCGCCAACUACAGAUCGAGGCCUCAGGAGGGGCCAAAGGCGGAAAAGACAGUAAAGCCGGAAAGCUCAAAAGCAAGACGCGACCCUCUGUUCCGGUGCCUGAGCCUGCACCUCCGCCACCAGCGCCUAUACCGACGAUAUAUCGGGAGCCAACGCCGCAAGGUCCUUUUGUCAGCUUCUACUCGAAACCUCAUUUGCGGGCAGCGGCAUUGGGAAACACCAGACAUGGCCGAACUCUGACAGCAUUUGGAGUGCCGAUACCAGAGGUUGAGGAAGGCGAUUUUGCUCUGCCAGAAGACUAUGUGACGCCAGAAGCACUGAGAGACAAUGCAAGGAAGCGCAGGAGGAUGAAGCGUGAGACGGCAAUGGGUUCAGCCAAUGCCUGA